AUAUCGAAGGCUGUGAUGCUAGCCCCGGGCACCCUAUCAAGAUUUUUUAUUCUGUUUGAGCAUAAUAUACAACGGAAAAAAAAGGACGACUUGGUUUUAGUCUUCAAAUUAUCAGGCACAGAGCGGAACUCGGAAGACAGCAAGUGGAAUUGCAAAACUCACCGGAGGAGGGAGAAACGUUCUCAAUCUCUAAUAUCUCAGAAACUCUCUAGCUUCAAUCGCUCCCGGCUAUCAGAUCUCCCCGUGAACAUGACUACAUCAAGGCGCCUUGCAGAUAGGAAAGUUGAGAAGUUCGAGAAGAACAUUACUAAGAGAGGAGCUGUUCCUGAAACAACUACUAAAAAGGGGAAGGACUAUCCUGUUGGCCCUGUCUUGCUUGGAUUCUUCGUAUUUGUUGUCAUUGGAUCAUCUCUAUUCCAGAUAAUCAGGACAGCUACAAGUGGGGGCAUGGCAUAAAUGUAUACAGACUUUUGAGAGAUGGGAAGAUGAUGUUAGCAUGUAGUUGAUAUAUGGGAAAUACUUGUUGAGUUGUUAUUCAUGUUCUGAACUUUUUUUUAUCUUAAUAAAAUUGCCCUUUCCUUUUAAAA